AUGACUGUUGAGGAGGACGACGGCUCCCUGGUGGAGGAGGAGGAGUUUGACGCGGCCGCGCACGACGAGGCGCAGGAGCAGCACGCCGCAGAGGUUGCCGAGGCUCAGGCGGGCGCGCACGAGGCGGCGGGCGGAGAGGAGGAAGGCGUUGGUGAUAGCUUAGCUUGGAUGGACGGCUGA